CAUGACAUCAUUCGAUGGAAAUUUAUGCCUGCCUCGCCUCCCCUCGCCUCCCCUCGCCUCCCCUCCCAACACCCACGGAGAAUUCCCAUUGUCGCGGGAUUUGGCAUUGCCAUUGGCAUUGGCAUUGGCAUUGGCAUUGUCUUUGACAUGUGCGAGGAUAAGGAAGGGAAGGGGAAAAGCGAGUACUGAGGUGAAGUGAAGUGAAGUGACUGUGCGGAUCAGCAAGGGCCUUCCCCGCCUCGAUAUCCCUGCUCCUUGAUUGACCUGGCCCUUGCCCUGGCCCUGGCCCUGGCCCUGGCCCUGGCCCUGGCCCUGGCCCUGGCCUGGUAUCUCUUAUCUUUAUCGCAGCGAGCAGCUUAUUACAGUAUAAGCGAGCCAAGACAUGAAAUGGAAUCGAACGAGAUGGGACAAAGUGCUUGAAGUUGACUACAAAGCGCUGCAUUCAAUCGUGCCACGAAUACUCCACGCUCACCACGAAUCAUAACAUACAGGCCUUGCGCUUCGAUGAGCCUGGCAAUGAGUGCCUUUUGAAACUUCCAUGGCCACAAGAACGACACAAUCGACCACUUCAGAUGACAUGCCCCUCACUUUCAUUUGCCCACCAUGAGUGACCUCCAACGAUCCUUCGCAAAGGCAAAGCUCUCAAGCUAUCCUGCUACCAUGCCUCCAGUAGCAUUUCAAGAAGCUGGUGAAGACGAAGAAACCGAUCACUUCAGUACCGAGCUGCCCGCAGAUGAUGAUUCCUCCUCCGCCUCAUCAGCUUCCUCUGCCUCAUCCACUGGGACCAUUAUCCCUUCGCAGAAUCAGAACCUAUUUGCUCGACCUCAAGGGUUGCUCUCCGAAUAAGAGAACAAUGGACCAAAUUCCUUGGACGACCUAUUUUGAACGAGAGCUUUUCCUCCAUUCCACUACUGAAUCAUCUACAAUAGUACACCACGCCUACCUAACCUCGCCCGUUGGCAAUGCACCUCUUUUCGUUACACAUCAUGGGGCUGGAUCGUCUGGACUCUCGUUUGCUGUCAUGACCGCAGAGAUUCGAAAGCGUUUGCCAUCUGCUGGUAUUUUGUCCCUCGACGCCCGCGGGCAUGGCGGCACAGUUGUCACUCCCACGCCAGAGAUCACAGAUCUCAGUCUGGAAACGCUGAGUCAAGAUUUGAUACAUGUUAUAACAAAGACAAAGGCUCAAAUGGGCUGGGAGCAAAUGCCACCUCUGGUCCUCGUUGGCCACUCUCUUGGCGGUGCAGUGGUUACAGACGUUGCAAAGAGUGGAAUGUUGGGAAAUUCAGUACUGGGAUAUGCAGUACUUGACGUUGUGGAAGGUUCCGCCAUGGAUGCUUUGCAAAGUAUGCAAACCUAUUUGUCUACCAGGCCAGCGGGAUUUCCAUCCCUAGAGUCUGGUAUAGAAUGGCACAUCCGAUCCAGAACGAUUCGGAACUCCAUUUCCGCACGGACCAGCGUGCCUGCGCUUCUCAAGCACGACCCAGCCCUGAGAAGCUCAAGAUCCUGGACGUGGCAGACAGAUUUAGCUGCAACUCAACCAUUUUGGCAAGGAUGGUUCGUAGGACUCAGUAAAAAGUUCUUGGAAGCCAGAGGAGGAAAGCUUCUUUUGCUUGCUGGCACAGAUCGUUUAGACAAGGAGCUAAUAAUCGGUCAAAUGCAAGGUAAAUAUGCCUUGCAAGUCUUCCCUGAAGCUGGGCACUUUGUCCAUGAAGACUUGCCGGAGAAAACAGCCAUGGUAAUCGUCGAUUUCUAUAAGCGGAAUGACAGAAGUGCUCUUGUCCUACCGCCCAAGGUCUCUGACUUACUACGGGCUGGAAAGAAAGUAUGAAUUUGUCAUGCCGAGUCAUGAUCAACCGUCGAGGUCCUUUGUGUCCAGGAAAGGAAAUUUUCGAACAAGCAAUUAUAGCUGCCAAAACCGUGAGUAUUGGCUUUUGACUGCUACGAAGAAAGACAAGUUAUUUUUAUAUGUCUUGGCGAACAUGACAUGAAGCGGCCAAUCGCUGGACGAGAGGAAUCUUUGGCGUCCAGGAGCCGAUGGCAGUGGCAUCUUCGAAAACCGCUGGCCUGGGUAUGAAUACUAAGAGGAAUGGGAGUGCAUGCAGUGCCGUGCGAAACAGACCAUUUUUGCUUUACCUUAUUGAUGCAAGAAGACGGAGAAAAGCUACCCGGGCAUGUCUUCAAAUUACGAACAUAUCGGCGAUGUCCCAGGAUCUUUCCAGGCGUCAAGAGCAGCGGUGGGCCUCGAUCGAUGCCCUGGGAUAAUGCUCGGAACCUUCUCAGGGACCGAAGCUUGUUUUCUCGCCUGCCGUGGGACAGGGUUUCAGGCAAUCUGCCGAACUUUCAAUAAUUGUUCACGUUUGCUGUCAGAGAAUGCUUGAAAAACACAGACAGGAGCAAACAAUGCCGGUGUGCAACCGUCAGCCGCCCAGAAAUAGGCACUUGAGCUCCGCAAGUGGCGUAUCGUUAGUCGCUAAAGCCAGUCUGCUGCCAG